AUGCUUCAAAGAGUUCAAAUUUUCUUCGAAAAUCAAAAAAGACGAAUUCUUCAACAACUUCUUCGGUUUUCACACGGAAGCCUUCUGAAAAUCUGCACGAAACACGAGUGUUGCGCCUUCUAUCCGGCUAUGGACAAAUGGAUCCCGGUGCUCUCCAGCCAGCUAGAAUCUCCAGACUUUGAAUUCACCACGGAGUUUAUCGGCGGCGAUUGUGUUGUGCAGAAAGAUUUUCUCGAAGAUGAGGCAACAGGAAAACAAUGUGGAUGGAUGAUUCAUGUCUACUUUCGGCCGAAAGAAUUCCAAGAUCGUCCGUUCGUGGCAGAUAUUGUUUUUCGAUGUGGAACAAAGAGACGAGAGUUGAUGUCCGUGCUUAUUAAAAAUGACAGCUUCUUUGGACACAUGAGAAUCAAGGAGAAAACUGGGAGACUGAUCAUCGCUGCUAGAAUUAGAAAACUUCUUUGCGAGCUGGACCUCUCUAAACCGUCAGGAUCUCGUCAAUUCAUCGUCCAAAACUUCGAAGACCAAGUCAAAGAUGGCCUCAUAUUUUAUGUGGAUCUUGCCAAGAUGGGUCAAGUUGGUGGUGACUUGUUCAAGAAGUGGCAAGCAGUGGAGGACGUCCAGUUGAUAAGUACCACAAUAGAAACUAUGGAAAAUCGAAUGAUCGAAAUUUUGAUGGAAGCAACCGCGAAGUAUGACGAUAUUGUGGUGUUUCGACAUAGUUUUCACAAUCUUAUCCAGCUGGCACAGAAAUAUCGAAUGCACAAACUGAUGCGUGUCAUAGAAGAGAAUCUUACGGAGACGAAGCUAAUGAACUGGGACGAGAAGAUUCUGAUGGCGUUGCAGUAUCGAAUGAGCCCGCUUUAUGUGCAAGUGCAACGGAAGUAUCUGCUGACACAAUGGAAUAUUUUGUGUCGUAUACAACGUCUCUACCUGUCCACCUACGCCAAGCAAAGCAAGAAUAGCUCUAAUCCCUAUGAACUAAUUCAUAAGAACCUGCUACAAAUGGUCAUGAUGUCUGAUGAAAACAUAUGCAUCGGAUAG